GAAAACCGAAGGUCCUCAUGGAAUCUCAUACAUUUAAUAUUACACGGUCAGUCCGAUAUUUAUUACAACUAACAUCUCACAAGAAGUCUCUCAAGCAAAACAACUACUAAUUCAGAUUUAUUUUAGUACAGUUUCAUAAUGACCAAGGAUUAUGUCAGCUUCUUUUGUUAUUCUCAAUCAUAUUUACGAAAUCAGCUUUCUCCACGAGCAAAGAAAGUUCAUUGUUCAAGAAAACUAUUUUCUAGAGGGAGUGCAAUCAUUAUAAAUCUCAUUUCAGAUAUCAGGAUUGCAGCACCAUCUAUAAUACGUCUGUGCCAUGACGUCAAACACAAGCCAUUCUUCUGCCUGAUCUGCAACGGUUUCGACUUCUCCUGCUUCUCUCCCGAAACUACACAACGUCCGACUGACGCUACACAACCUUCUACUACUGUUGCUAGUAUUUCUGUUAGCACUGCAGUCUCGACUGACGAACCAAUGUCAUAA